AUGAAGACAUUUGUAACGCAGAGACAAGCCAGCCAGCUCCUUCACAACAAGUUUGUGGUGGUUCUUGGUGGCUCAGUACAGCGCUCCAUGUACAAAGACCUGGUUCUGCUGCUUCAGAGGGAUCAGUACUUGACUCUGCCUCAGCUCAAGUCCAAAGGGGAGUUAUCCUUUGAGCGGGACGCCCUGGUGGAAGGAGGUCGUCUAGGUCCCAUGACUAAUGGCACAGAGUAUAGAGAGGUGAGGCAGUACCGCUCUGAUCACCACCUGCUGCGUUUCUACUUCCUCACACGCAUCUACUCGCCCUACGUGGAGAGCGUCCUGGAGGACUUUCGGCACGGACUCAAGCCUGACGUCAUCAUCGUCAGCUCGUGUGUGUGGGACAUCACCAGGUACGGCCGGGAGUGUCUUGAACAGUACAAAGAGAACCUCCACAAGUUUUUUGGCCAGAUUAAAACCAUUGUUUGCCACGACUGUCUCAUCCUGUGGACUCUGGCCAUGCCGCUUGGCAAGAAGAUCAAGGGUGGAUUCUUAGUGCCUGAAAUAAGCCACUUGGGUCCCACAGUAUGCUACAACAUCAUUGAGGCUAACUUGUACAGUGGUCGGCUGGCUGAUACCUACGGCUUGGACGUCCUUGACCUACACUUCCAGUUCCGCCUCAGCCUGCAGCACCGCAUGCCAGACGGUGUCCACUGGGAUGCACUGGCCCACCGACGCAUCAGCAGCUUGCUGCUGCAGCACGCUGCUGACGCCUGGGGAGUACAGCUGCCGCACCCCCUCCCCCUUCUCGCACAAGGUGCCCUGCAGAGACAGAGCCCGGCACAAUAUGAGCAGAAUCAUUUCAGAUCACAUAACUUUGACUUUGCUCCAUCAAACAGAGAGCAGCAAACAUCAGACCCCUACUGGAACCAUCUCAGCUCACCAGUCACCAUCACCAUCACCCUGCACAGACUGAUGGUCACCACUAUAGAGGCCUCACAGUUUCCGGACAUCAUGGUUGUCAUGGUUGUCAUGGUCACAGGCUUUCAGCAGCUGGUGGCCUUCACUGGUCAUCCAGGGUUUCUGGUUUGA